UACAUCUGAUAAAACUGUUUCGCAAAUGAGCUCACUUCCACGCUAGAGCUGAUUUUCUAAUUUCCAGUGUAAUUGCAGCAAAUUGUGUCAAGAUCCAGAGAGGUCACACUGAUGACAGUGCUGUGAAGUAACUCUAUCUGGCUUUUGUCCCCUGAACACAUCGCUUCCUACUCUGACCUGGCUGGCGGUCAUGGCCUUGUUGUACAUCAACUCCACUCUGCUGUUCCUCACUCACAGACCUCUGAACUACACCGUCCCUGAGAAAACGGUGUACGAGAGCUGCAAAGAGAUGCCUGGCGUUCUUAUCUGGUACUUCGCCCUGCAGUUCACCAACAUGUUCCUGGGCAUCCCGGCCAACCUCAUGGUGCUGUGGCUCAUCCACAAAAACAAGGGUGAUUCCUCCACCUCAGACAUCUUCAUCCUACAUCUGGCGAUUUUAGAUGUUCUCUUCUGCCUCAUCCCUCCUCUAGAGUUUGCCAACAUAGUCUUCCUCACCGCCAGUAGCCCCUGGUACGUCCUGCGCUUCUUCUACGGCAUGAAAGACUCCUCGCCGCUCUUCCUCUCCUGCAUCUGCAUGGACCGCUACAUGGCCGUGGUCCACCCCAUCACCUUCACCGAGCUGAAGGACCGUCAGCACAGGGCGGUCCUGGCCAUCGUGGUUUGGCUGAUCAUUCUGGCCUACGCCGCCGCUAAAUGCGUGGGCAACAUUCACAACUUCGAGAAGGUCUUCACAGUGAUGAUCCUGGCAGCGUUUGCCUUCAUGGUGUUCUGCAACAUCAUGAUUCUCUGGGUGUUGAAGCAGUCGGGGCCCGGCAGAGACGAGAUGCACCCUUUGAAGAAGAGAGCCUUCAAGAUGGUCCUCAUUAUCCUGGCCAUCAUAGUGUUCAACUACUUCCCACCUGUUGCACUGUUCCCCUUCCAAGAGUACUUCUCUCCUGAUGUGUUUCGCUGCUAUAUUCACUACAUCGCCUUCGGCUUGAUGGACUUCAGCAGCACCAUUCAGCCGAUGCUCUAUCUGUCCAAGGAAAAGCUGCCAUGGAGCCUCAGCUGCUGCCAGACCAGCAUCACACCAAAACUAGUGUAGGCCUACAUGCUUAUUGAACUUUUUUGUGUCCUGCAAGAGCUGUUUGAUGAAUGUACUGUUGUAAAAUAUAAGAGAAUAAGUUGUUAUGCUGUUGCUUGAUCACAUGUUGAAAAUGGUGGUGAAUAAAACAUAGAUUGUGCGGGGGUUCCUAAUGUCUGAGAGACCAAAUUUAGUUCUGUGCAAACUUUAAACAGAAUAUAGACAAGAUUUAGAGAUAGAAACUUUAGAAAAUUGCAUAAAAAAUCCCUGGCACUUUUCAUUUCCUAUUUUUCAUAAGACAUGGUACUAAUAAUUAUCGGAUGAUAAUUGAAGAACUAUUAGUUGCAGCUUUCAAAGACACCUGAUUUCUCUCAACUGAGUAUAAGAGUAAUAGAGGUGAAUGGAAUAUAGCUUGUGCAGCUUAAAAUAUUCAGGAAUGUCACUGUAAAUAAUGUUGUGGUUACUCUGGAUAAUCCACAGACCUCACAGUGGUUGAUCCUCUCACCAACAAAGAAAUAGUCCAACUGAAAUCACCUGGCAUUUUCUUCUGUUUCUUCUAUUCGGAGUACUGAUUUAUUUAAUAAUGUUUCUGUAAUUUGGACUGAACUGGCCCUCUUAAGUGCCCUACAGCAAUAUGCUACAUAUUUCAAACUCAAGCACCUGAACUCUCAGUAUGAUGGAUCAUCCAUCCAUUCGCAGUUUUCCACUUAUCCAGAGUCAGGUUUCAGUGGUAUAGGUGCUAAGCAGGGCAUUUUAGACGUCGUUCUUCACAGCAGCAUUUUCCAGCUCCUCCUGGGGGAUUCUGAGGCCAGAAAAGAUAUAUAAUCCCUCCAGCAAGCCCUGGGUUCUGCCUCGGGGUCUCCUUCCAGUUGGAUGAAAAAUUUCCAAAGGAAGGCUCCCAUGACGCAUCUUAAUCAGAUGCCUAAAGCAAUUCAGCCUCAUUCAAGUGCUUUAGUGCCAUUUGGCAGAUUCCAAGCAGGCUGUAAUAUGCCAGUUAAUCUCUAACACAUCUUAAGGAUUAUUAAAGCAAACUUUAAAUAAAGCAGUGCAUUGGACCAGAGCACAGCAAAAGAGAAUUUAAAAAAAGAUUUAAAAAAAAAAAAAAUUAAUUUACAAAAAAAUCCACCUCUACAAUUAUGUUUUCACUUUGCUAUUAUGGAAUAAAAUUUGAUUUUUUUUUUUUAUCAAUUUAAGUUAAAUCUAUAACAAUGUAAAGUGUAAGACAAGUUAAUUAACUGAACCCAUUGUAUAGACUGUGAUGUAUUUUAUUAUCUGGGUGCAAUGAAUGUGUGAAGAAAACAUGG